AUGGGCGCUCUAUUAUCUCUGCCACUAUUGGCGAUACCGAGCGUGAGCACGAUCCUCACGGUUGGCGGGUCAUGUUGCGGUGCAGCCACUUGCUCUGCGGUCUGCAGUGCAUGUGGGAAAUUUCAGAAUAGUAUGGCCACGAGAAUCGCCUAUGCCUUUAUCCUCUUGAUCAACUCAAUUGCUUCCUGGAUCAUGCUCACGCCAUGGGCAUUGAAGAAACUACAACAUCUAACCCUCGAUUACAUGGAAAUUCGAUGCGAUGGCAAGGAAUGUCACGGUUGGGUAGCGGUGCACCGUAUCAACUUUGCUCUCGGUCUCUUCCACUUGAUUCUCGCCCUCUUGCUCCUUGGUGUUAAGUCUUCUCGGGAUACCCGCGCCGCCCUUCAAAAUGGUUUCUGGGGACCGAAGGUCAUCCUAUGGCUGGCAUUUGUUGUCAUGUCGUUCUUUAUCCCCGAAUCCUUCUUCUUUGUUUACGGCAACUAUAUCGCUUUCUUCUGCGCCAUGCUCUUCCUUCUUCUGGGUCUGAUCUUGCUGGUAGAUCUUGCGCAUUCUUGGGCCGAGCUUUGUCUGCAGAAGAUUGAGGAUAGUGACUCGCGCCUGUGGCGUGGUCUACUUGUUGGAUCGACUCUCGGCAUGUACGUGGCCUCCACGGUCAUGACGAUCCUGAUGUUCAUCUUUUUUGCUCGGGGCUCGUGCACCAUGAACCAGGCUGCGAUUUCGGUCAACUUGAUUCUUUUCCUGAUUAUUUCCAUCGUUUCCGUGCAGCCCGUUGUACAGGACUCAAACCCGCGGGCAGGCUUGGCCCAGGCUGCCAUGGUCACGGUUUACUGCACCUACCUUACCCUGUCUGCUGUGUCCAUGGAGCCGGAUGACAACCACUGCAACCCCCUAAUCCGCUCCAGCGGUACUAGGACCGUCACCGUCAUUUUGGGUGCCAUUGUCACCAUGGCCACCAUCGCAUACACGACCACGCGCGCUGCUACCCAGGGUAUUGCGCUAGGAUCCAAGGGUGGCCACAGCUACGUACAGUUGGAAGAUGACGAGCAUGGAUUGGUCACCCAGCAGCCUAACAGCCGUCGUGAAAUGCGGGCAGAGGCCCUCCGAGCUGCGGUCGAGAGCGGAAGUCUGCCGGCUAGCGCAUUGGAUGAGAGUGACGACGAGGACGAAUUCGAGACCAGCAGCAAGGAUGAUGAACGUGGUUCUACACAGUACAGUUAUACACUUUUCCACAUCAUCUUCUUCCUCGCCACUACCUGGGUGGCCACCUUGUUGGCGCAAGGGUUGCAGGUUGACACAACCGAUAUCGACUUUGCGCCUGUGGGCCGGACUUACUGGGCCAGCUGGGUGAAGAUUGUUAGCUCUUGGGUUUGCUAUGCUAUCUACUUGUGGACAUUGCUUGCACCUGUUUUGUUGCCCGACCGCUUUUGA